AAGUAACAGUAGGGUUAAGGUUGAUUGAUAAUUGACCCAGGUUGUGCGCUUCUGGCCAGGGCCUGGAAAAGACCAGGCAGUUUGCCAUUAACCGCAAAACAUUUACCGCAAUAGCCGAGAGAUGUACCGAUGAACUUUAGCUGCCUCUCUGUGCUUUUUCUGCUCCUUGUGGUGCACCCGAGCGAUGGGAAGCAUCACGCAGCGCGACGCAGCCUCGCUGCAUCGAGCAACGAUGACGUUGCUGGUCCCAUCGUGAAGCUCAGCGAUUUGAAGCAGCAAGAUGACAAGAAUGAGACGGCUGGUGCAAGCCCGAGUCCUAGUGCAGAGGGGACCGGCACUCUUGCGCAGAUUUUGGACGCUGCGCUUCAAAAAGAGUUUACCAAGGAAACUGCUGCUGAGGACAGCAAGGGAGUCGCAUUCAACGCGACCGUGCAGCAGGGAGGCGAAGAGACAAAGCUGGAAACCGUUGUGCGCAUAACGGGGAAAGCCGCGGCUGCGGCCGCUGCCACCGAGGCCGCCGCAGCGGCGGCCGACGCUGCGGCAGCGGCGACCACCAGCGAUGCCGGCGAUAGCAGCGUCGGCAGCUCUAGCACGGACUCGCAGGACGCUCAGGAAACCACCUCGGCAGGCGACACAGGAGUCACUGAUGUGGUGCCCACCGGCGGAAACGUAACCACCGUGGCGACGGCAGACGCGGCUGCCGCUGCCGCGGCGGCGGCCGCCGCCGCCACGACUGACGUGGACCGCAUCAUUGACUCCCACGAUAACGAGUUCGUCCUCUCCAAACCCAAGGAGAGUGUGGCCUCGCUGACUCUGGACCAGCAGCUCAUUGCGGACAUAGCCAUGCUGAUGGUGUCAGCCACGCUGUUCGGCAGCCUGUUUGAGGCGGUGCGGCAGCCAGUCAUCAACGGCUACCUCAUUGGCGGCGCGGUGGUGGGGCCGGGCGGACUCAACUGGGUCAAGGAGCUGGUGCAGGUGGAGUCGCUGGCGCAGCUGGGCGUGCAGCUGCUGCUGUUCGGGCUGGGGCUGGAGCUGUCCAUCAGCAAGCUGCGGGCCGUGGGCGGCGUGGCGGUGCUGGGCGGCACGCUGCAGAUCCUGCUGCUAGCGCUCAUUGGUGGGCUGGUGGCGGCGGCGGCAGGCGCGCCGCCAGGGCAGGGCAUCUUCGUGGGCUGCCUGCUGUCCAUGAGCAGCACCGCCGUGGUGGUCAAGUGCCUGGAGGUGAUGCGCAGCAGCAGCAGCGCCUACGGCCAGAUCACCGUGGGGACCCUCAUCCUGCAGGACUGCAUGGUGGGCGUCAUGUUUGCGCUGCUGCCCGUGUUCAAGGGCGCGCCGGCACCCAUGGUGGCUUCCACGGGGCUGGCUGCAGGUACGGACGUGGCGGAGGCCAAGGGCCGUGUGGUGCUGAUGGUGCUGGGCGUGCUGUUCAAGCUCAGCCUGGCGGUGGCGGCUGCGCUGGCGGUCGCAAAGACGCUGCUGCCGCCCGCACUCAAGCUCAUGCAGCGCAGGGCCUCCCGCGAGCUGGUGCAGCUGACGCUGGUGGCGUUCUGCUGCGGCGUGGCCGUGGUGAGCCACGAGCUGCAGCUGUCGUCCGAGCUGGGCGCCUUCCUGGCGGGCGUGAUGAUGGCGGUGGCGCUGGGGCCGGGCACAGGCACGCAGGGGCUGGGGCAGCACGCAACCAGCCACCACCACAACAACAACGGCGGAGGCGACGGCAUUGGGACCGGAGGAGGAGGGGGAGGAAGCGGCCUGGAGUCCGGCGGUGGCCUGGCGCACGCCAGCAGUAUGGGCGGCUCCAUGGGCUCCAUGGCGCCCAUGGCCGGCAUAGGUCCGCCGCCGGGCGUGUCCUCGGAGGGAGGCGGAGGCGGGGGCGGAGGCCUCAAGUCCUCGGGCGGCGGCGGGCCGCCCGGAGGCAUCGGCGGCGGCGGAGGCGGAGGGUUCGGGCUUGGCCUGGGCCUUGGCGGCUACGGCCUGGGUGGAGGCGGUGGUGGUAGCGCUGGUGGUGACGGCGGGGAUGGGCAUCUGACGUUGGGUCCGAUGAUGAGCAAGGACAGCGACCGGGACCUGGACGACUGGGUGCGGGAGCGGGAGCAGCUGCUGGAGCGGGAGCGGGAGCGAGACAGGGAGCGCGAGCGAGAGCGCGACAGGGAGCGAGAGAGGCUGCGCGAGGUGCGGGAGGGGCGGGAGCGCGAGGCGCGCACGCGGUCUCUGGGCGCCCUGGCGGCCUACUACAGCAUUGAGAGCGCCCGCAAUGUGCUUGUGGCGCUGUUCAUGGCCAGCAUUGGACUCAUCAUGUCGCCGCGCUUCCUGCUGGACCACCUGGGCGUGCUGACGGUGGGCGCGGGGCUGGUGGUGCUGGUGAAGGGCGCGCUGGUGGCGGCGGUGGUGCGUGGCUUCUCGGUGCCGCUACGCACGGCGCUGGCGGUGGGGCUGUCCAUGGCGCACGUGGGCGAGUUCGCGUUCGUGCUGCUGAGCCACGCCGUGCAGCAGGGCAUCCUGCCGCUGCAGGUGUACAUGCUGCUUCUGGGCGUGACGGCCCUGUCGCUGCUCACCACGCCCUUCAUCGUGCUGCUGGCCAUGCACUGGGUGCUGCCCAAGGACGAGGGGCUGCGCGGUGGAGGCGGAGGCCUGGGGGCGGGCGGAGGCGGGGUGAGUGGGGGGCAGCUGAUUCCACCGGCCUCACAGACGACAGCAACGGCCGUGGUGGCGACGGCGGCGCAUGUGGGCGUGGGACUAAGGGCCUCGGCCCGCUCGAAAUGAGCUGGUGGUGGAUGUAGCAUUGCAGGUGCUGGCAGUGGCUGUGCUGUCGCUGUGGUGUUGUGUUGUGUGAGGACUGUGUAGUGGUUGCAAAGGCGAGACGCCCAGAGCAUUAAUGAAUGACCGGGUGCGGGUACGUUAGCAAGGGACCUACCUGCCCCGCCGUGUGUGCGCGGCGGGGCCGGGUGAUUGGCUGCAGGUGCAGGUGGCUUCGAGCGCUGGGGUAGUCACCACUCGUGUUGAAGAAAGCGUAGUCAACAUGUAUAUGUGUGUGUGCAAGAGAACUAAUGCUGCACGGAGCAAGAUCAGCGUUGAAACAGUUGUCGCACCCUAUGAUAUAGGACACUGAAAGUUUCGUGUGCCUGACAGCGACUCGAUGUUUGCAGAUCUGUUCUAUCGGCAACUGCAAGUGGCCGUGUUGGCCACGGCGUAGGCGGCCGGGAGCACAUGCGUAGGAGCGAGAGGGUGGCGCAAGAUGAUCACGUUCUGGCUUAAAUAUUGCCGAAGAGUUUAACAUCCACUAGGACGGGUCCCUCGCAUUGAACGGUCUAAGGCUAUGCGCCUAGGAUUGGAAUGAGAGGCGGCUCUAGCAGUUCUCAGACGAGACCUAUAUCCUCUCUCUGCUCACCCGUACUCCGGGCCUCCAUGCAAUACAUACACCGUGUCGGGC